AAGAUAAUGACAACAAUACCAACAUUAUUGUUUGUUGCAUUGUUGGUGGCAACAGUUAUGUUGUUUGGUCAGACGACGAAUGCCGAGUCGUUUAUGAUCAGUGGAAACAACUUUGUGAAGGACGGCCAGAACUUCCAGAUCAUCUCGGGCUCCUUCCACUACAUGCGCUGCCACCCAAGCCUCUGGCGUGACCGUCUGCAAAAGAUGAAGGCGGCCGGACUCAACACGGUGCAGACGUACAUCGCCUGGAACCUACACCAGCCCACACCCGACACCUUUGACUUUGCCACCUACAACGUCACCAGCUUCAUCGAGAUCGCUCAGGAGGAGGGUCUGCUCGUGGUGAUCCGUGCCGGCCCCUACAUCUGUGGCGAGUGGGAGUUUGGCGGCUUCCCACCCUGGUUGCUCACGCUCGAUCCCAACAUCGCGCUGCGUACCUCUGACCAGACCUACCUCAACGCCGUCACCGACUGGUUCACCGUGCUGCUGCCCAUCCUCAACACGCAGCUCUACACCAAUGGCGGCCCCAUCAUCAUGAUGCAGGUCGAGAACGAGUACGGCAGCUACGGCUCCGACAAGAACUACCUCAACUACCUGCUCUCGCUCUACAUCAAGUUCUUUGGCGAGGGUCGUGGCGACGGCAGCGGAGUCAUCUUCCACAGCACCGACGGCUCGGGCAGCGGCUACCUCUACGGCUCGCAGAUCCCAGGCGUCUACCAGACCAUCGACUUUGGCCCCACUGACGAUCCCCAGAGCAACUUUGACAUUCAACGCAAGUUCGUGCCAACCGGCCCACUCAUGAACUCUGAGUACUACACUGGUUGGUUGACUCACUGGCUCGACUCUAGUGAAGCACGCGUCGACGCCAAGACCGUCGCCGACGGCCUCUACGACAUCCUCAAGCUGGGCGCCAGCGUCAACAUGUACAUGAUGUACGGUGGCUCCAACUUUGGCUUCAUGAACGGUGUCAAUGGCGGUGACCCCGGAGACUUUGAGAUCACCACCCAAUCCUACGACUACGACUCACCCAUCAGCGAGGCCGGUGACAUCACACCCAAGUACUUGGCCGUGCGCGAUGCCAUCGUCAAGUGGACGAACCAACCCCUCGGACCAGUGCCAAACAACUCCACUCACAUGGCCUACGGCACCAUCCAGUUGACUCAAGCCGCUUCGCUCUUUAACAACCUCCAGCAGCUCUCGCCCAACCCAUUCAUCACCACUGGACGUCCAAUGAUGUUUGAGGAGAUGAAGCUCAACUAUGGCUUUGCCCUCUACGAGGCCGACAUCAACACUGAGUACCAAUCCAACAGCCUCAGCGUGAUGGAUCUGCGCGACCGCGCCACAUUCUACAUCAACAACACCAACCAAGGUUUUGUCCAGCGUUCGUCCAACAGCUCAAUCAAUGUUCAAUUCACCGAUGGCGAUACCAACCAGGUUCGCAUCCUUCUCGAGAAUCAGGGUCGUGUCAACUACGGCUCAUACAUGCACGAUCCAAAGGGUCUGGGCAAUGGUGUCCUUGCCGGAUUCGAGUACCUCGGACCAUGGAACAACUACCCACUCUCCCUUGAGGAUCUGUCCAACAUCCAAUGGGUCGAGAGCAACGAAUACAACCAAGGUGGUGAGCCAACAUUCUACCGUGGUAACAUCACAAUCAACUCUGUCAAUGACAUUGGAGAGACUUUCCUCGCAUUCACUGGACUUGGAAAGGGUAACCUGUGGAUCAAUGGAUUCAAUGUUGGUCGUUACUGGAACGUUGGUCCACAGCGUACUAUGUACGUGCCAUCAGUGCUUCUUCAUCAAGGUCAGAACGAGGUCAUCAUCUUUGAGACACUUGAGUCAAAGGUGACAUCGAUUGACUUUGUCGAUGAACCAUUCUUUAAUUAG